GCGUGGCUGUACGUGUUGAUACCCGGGGUGGGGGCGGUGAUUAUCGUCUCGAUAGCGACGGCGUGCGUGCACGUGACGCUUCGUGCGCGUGAGAAGAAACUCGCGCGACAGAAAAGUGCACUUAAGAUGGUGAUCCACCCACUGGGUGAGGUGUCCCAGGCCCUAGACGUUCCGGCCAGUAUGGAGCGGGGCUACGUGAACACCAAGGAAGACUUGAUGCAGCUACAGAGGUUCAAGACUCAAGAUAAGCGCCUGGCGGGGCUGGGUGAGCAGUCCAUGAACCUCAACUUUCACGGCAUCACCUGGCAGGAGGCUCGGGCGCGAAGACAUAGCGCCGUUUCCAGUAGAGAAGUGAUAGUGGAGGGAGUGGAAGGAAUAUCAGGCAAAGCUAAGGGGUCUGCGAUGGCGACCAGCAUAUCGCAACCUCCGCCGUCCGUGUUUGGGCGCACUGGAUCGGAAAGAACGAUGAAGCACAUCAGAGCCAUUGAUGUCCAGAACAUCAAGAAACGCGCGCGUGAGAAAACGGAAAUGACGAUAAAGAAACUCAAUAAAGAAUCUGUGGACUGGGCGGCUAGUCUCCGCAACGGCGCGUCGACGCAGACCACAACAGUCAAAAGCAGUCCGAAGCUAGAAAGAUCAAUUUCCUUUUCGGGUCACGCGCUGAAAAGGUCAAGGUCGAAUCUCGACCGCAAUCUCUUAGAGAGCAUGAGUCUGGUUUCCCGCUUGCAAUCCAACCUGACGUCAAAACUUCCAAAAUGGCGUACGAGAAGUGAGUCGUCCCGAAACGCGGUUGCCCCAGGACGAUUGGAGAGAAAAGGAAGCAUUGACGAACUGGUGACGUCAAGAAAACCGACCGAGCGCGGACGACCAGGGAGAAUUCUGAGAAGUGAUGCAGUCAUUCUUUCCUCAAACAAUAUUGGAAAAGACAAAGGCCCUUCACUAAGCACCCUUCCGGACGAAUUCUGCGUUAACCAUUCCACGAUGGACCCUUCCCCUACCGUUGAACCUCUAACGUUGACACUGCUACCGGAAGAAGAUGACGUUUUCGCGACAGGCAGGUCCCUUGUUUCGAGGGAGCGGUCUGCAGUUAUCGAGGAAUGGCUGGAAACUGCGCGGACCGAGGAGCGGUUACCGAUACCGGCUCUGCCAGAAGAGUUCAGUGAGAACCAACAUAGACUUGCGACAAGCACCCCUAGACCUAAGAUGACGAGAAGUCUGAGUCAAACCUAUUUAAAAGUCCCGGGGACCAGAAGACUUUCUUGGAGAUAGUAUAGUGGACCACUUUAGUUGGUAUAUAAAUAAUUUGGUGCGAAUUGUUAGAUAGUGCAUACUGUAUUUGUGUUGAGGGUGUUAUUGUUAUGUGUAACACAGAUGUUGAUUUUCUAUUACUAUGCUUGGACGUCUUGAAGAUUUUCUACUUAUGCGAUAUGCUGUCAAAGAUAUUUUACUUAUGCAAUAAGCUAUAAAGAUAUUUUAUCAAUGUGUGACGAUGCCAUGGACAUUCUACUUGUGCGAUGCGAUUAAGUGGAGAUUCUGGUAAUGUGGCUUGUUGUCGAGGUUAUACUAUACUAAAUAAUCCAGUCAUGCUGUACGCUCUAAAA